UCGCUAUGCUAUUUCCAUGUCCAUUGUUUAUGAUAAACGCAUCGAAAUUCACCAGUAUCAGUACGUUAGUAACGUAUUUUUUUAAAAAGAUUUGACCUUCAAAAUGUUUUUUUUCUCAAAUUUUCAUGACCAUAUUCGUAAGCAGUGAAUGAAAAAUACAUCAAUACACACUUUACGGAAUUUCACACCCAGCGGAAAAAAGCCGGCUACAAACAAUGUUGCCGGCACCGACAAUAUUGUUCCGUUGCCGGCGCUGGCAAAAUUUCUGCGUUGCCGGCACCGGCAGGCAAAACUGUAUUUAUUAAAAAUAAAACUUUCGCUGAAAGGCCCAAGAAGAAAUAACAAACAACGAAGACAAUUAUAUCAAUUAAUCAGAAUUAGAGUGAGGAGGAGGACACAAUUCGAAGCUCUAUUAUAUGAAGACAGUUCAGACGAUGAGGAAGUUCUUCCAGCAGAUGUGGCAGUAGAUAAUCAUGAACUAGAUCCAACUGUUAUUCCAGCUGUUAAUGCCAACAAAAUCUCAUGCAGUGAGUCUUUGUAUGAGGAUCGAGAAAAUGUGGUUCUGUCCAUAGUCUGGCAAAACGAACACUUGGGAGCAGCUUACUACAAUGUUACAACAUCCGAGCUUUUUGUUAUGGACGACGUUAUCGAAAACUGCACUUUUGGAAUUGCCAAGACCCUCUGCAGACAGAUAAACCCCCAUUCUCUAAUUACUAUUGGAGGAUUAGCAGAGAGCUUUCUCGAAACCAUGAAACUCAUAACGAUUGGAGACUCUUUGCUACAAAAAUCAGAUACUCAAGAGGUAUCAGCACCCUCCAGUCAAAUUCCCGCCACAUGUGCUUUCAAACUGAUGCCAAAAUCUGAGAACUCGUUCGACCAUUGCUUCUCUAGAGUUCAGAGUCUGAAAAUUGAAGGAGAACCUCGAAAUGUGACUUAUGAAGAGCGAAAGACGUAUCUCAGUUCAUUUCUCAAUUUCAGUUCUCGAUCCAUGAUUCACGCCUUGGGACUACUUUUAAAAUAUCUAGAUAGAGAAUGGCACAGGAUUUCUCUAGGCCAUUUGGAACAAGCCAUGUUCAUUAAUAUCAGCUACAUUUCUUUGGCUGAUCUGAUGAUGAUGGACGAAGAUAGCUACAAGGCUUUAGAUAUUGUGCAUAAGAGGGAUCAUCCUAGCUUCUUCAAAUUUGGAAGCGACUCACUUAAAAAGCACACAAUCAGCCUCUUUUCCCUGUUCAAUAAUUGCCAAUCGCGGCUUGGAUCUCAGGCUCUAUGGAAAAUUCUUCAUCAUCCGACAACGAACAUUCAAAUUCUAGAAAAGAGGCAACAGGUAAUUGCAUUUUGUCUGAUUCCUGGUAAUCAAACCGUUGCAGAUAGCUUGAAAGUCUGCUUGAAGCAUAUUCAUCGACUUUCCCCUCUUAUUGUAAAUAAGAUCUCGGUUCCGCAAGCUAAAUGUGCUGAUUGGAGAAAACUCGAACAGACGAUUUCGAAUGUGAUCCUCAUUGCGGAUAUUUGCGCCAAAUUUCGAAAUGAUGCAUCGAUGUUUGAUGAAGUAGCCGAAAGUGUAACUCCAACAAUGCAUUUAAUCAAAUACUUUAUCGACCUUCUUAUAGAUUUUGAUUCAACCCAGCUGAGAAAUAAAUUCGUUCUAAAUUCGGGCGUUGACUCAGUUUUUGAUGAACUCAUUUACAUCAGUAACAACUUGCCGCGUAUUCUCAGUGAGUGGGGAGCAAAGGAUUUGCCAAAUCUUCCAGAGAAUAUUGAAACGUGCCUGAUGGUUUAUAUUCCGAAUAUACAAUAUCUGUUGGCUGUAACUCGAUGGGACGGACCUCCACCAGAUGAUCCAGAGAUUCCUGGUCUUGAAUAUAAAUUCACAAUUGAAGGGGUUCAUCAUUAUAAAACUCCUGCUGCCAGAGAAUUGGAUGAGCAAUUGGGAGAUGUCAAGGUAAAAAUAUCUAGAAGGCAGAAUGCCAUAAUGAUGAAAUUAGUGAAGUUUAUCGUUCGCUACCUUGGAGAGAUAUUGAAUGCUAUUAGACUCUGUGCCGAACUCGAUGUAAUGCUCUCGUUGUAUAUGGUGGCUCGUGAUUCAAAUUAUGUGAGGCCUAAAAUGGUGGAAUCUCAGAUGAUCGCCAUAAAGCGAGGUCGACAUCCUCUCAAGGAGGCUUUUGUGACGAGUUUUGUGCCAAACGACACCUUCUCUGGCGAAGGCAGUAACAGUCUUGUUAAAAUCCUCACUGGUCCAAAUGCUUGUGGCAAAAGCAUAUAUCUUAAGCAGAUCGCACUUAUUGUUUUUAUGGCCCACGUAGGAAGUUACGUGCCUGCUAAUUCUGCAACAAUUGGGGUUAUAUCUCGAAUUACUACCCAGAUUCUUUCCAACAAUAGCAUUUCUUUAUUGAAUGCAAGCACUUUUCUUCAAGAUAUUCGACAGAUAAAUUCGGCCUUGUAUUCGACUACUUCAGACUCACUAGUGAUAAUCGACGAAUUUGGAAGAGGCACUUCUGAAAUAGAUGGAUCUGCCCUUCUUGCUUCUGUUGUAACACAUUUUUUAGAACGCGGGCUUGAGUGUCCUCACAUUUUUGCUGCAACCCACCUCCAUCGUGUUCUUGAUUUAUUACCCAGAGGACCUUUGAUGCAAAUACAGACGUUCGAGUUUCUGCAACCAACUGAUGAAAGCGACAUAGUUUUUCUCUACAGACUGACCGAGGGAGCCUCGAAAUUGAGUUUCGCUCACGCAGUUGCCAAACAUGCUGGUCUGGAUCCGAAUAUAAUCAAACGUGCCAUUCAGGUUUACGGGAGCAAAAAACAUGGGAAACCUCCACAACGUUUGGAAAAAACAUCUAGAGAUAAUACGUCUAGAUUAAUUGCACAACGACUUCUCAAUCCUAACUCAAGUACUAUUAAUUUAGAUGAAUUGAGAAUUUGGACACUGAAUGCCAUGGGGACGACGGAAGAACAAUUAAAGUGCGAUAAAAAUCCAGAUUCAACUUUGUCAACAACAAACAACAAUUAAUUAUUUAUCCAUGAGUUUUUUCAUUAAUUUUGGACAAUCGAAUAAAUUUGCGAACUCAAAAGAUAUAAAGUCACUAAUAUAUAGAACACUCUGGUAACAAUAAUAAAUUAGUAUAAGUAUUAUUGAUUAUAUAUGAGUUAU